ACGGACACCAUUUUGAAGCGCCUCCUGGUUUCAGGACGAGUCUAUGGAGGACGUUCUUUCGCAGGGAGGAGCCUGGUAGGAUUCUCCUCGCAUUUGGUGUCGAUGAGACGUCCUAUCAGGUACUCCAGCGACAGAACUUCCAGGUGCACGCGGGGGUCUCGCGCGUCACUUUUGUGACGAAGGCGGGUGCUCCGGCUGCGCAAGGUAAGGGAGAGAGCUCCACCGAAGCAGCGGGACCUAGUUCCGUUGCGACGGAGGGGGCCCAACCUCGCAGUGUUGAUCUCGAAGAGGCGGCGGGAUUGCUCCCGGCGCCCGAAGAGAUCGAGAAAGAUGUCAGCGAGCUUUUGGCUCGUGUGGCGGUUCUUGGCUCCGACCAGGGGUCGGAACCGUCGGCAUCGCUAACGGAGGAGGGAACCUAGUACAUCAGUGAUGGACAAAGUAACCUUCUUACAGAGCAAUCAACAUUCAGCAACAUCCUUGCGGAAAUUACAGACGCCAUGGUGGAAUAUUUACUUCCAGAGUGGAUUGUAUUUCCUCAAACAGAUGCAAAAAUGAACGAAUUAAAAGAAAGGUUUAUGGAACAAUUUCAAUUCCCCGGCAUUAUUGGUGCAAUUGAUUGCACUCAUGUGGCAAUUAAAGCACCUCCACAAGAUCACCCAGUCAAUCCCGGUUUAGCAUAUUACAAUCGUAAAGGUUAUUAUAGCAUUAAUGUUCAGUUGAUAUGCGAUGCAAAUUUACGAGUAUUAAACUGUAAUGCUCGUUUUCCUGGCGCAGUGCACGAUUCUGCUAUCUGGUCUUUAAGCCAAGUAAGGCAUUAUUUGCAACGCAUGUAUAGUCAGGGGCAACUGCAAUCUACAUGGUUAAUCGGUGACUCUGGAUAUCCAUUAGAACCCUGGUUACUAACACCUACAAGGGCAUCGAAAAUUAUCCUUUCAGCUGUAAUCUUGCACAACCUGGCACUAAAUGAUAGACUACCGGAUAGUGCCGUGGACGAUGACCAUUUAGAUGAACCACUGGUAAUACAACAAGAACAACGUGUUCAAAAUGUUAUUAAUGAACCUGUAUUAAAUGAAGCACGACGCAUACGCAAUAGGGUUAUACAGCAAUACUUUCGAUAAACUUUGGGAGACGAGAAGAAUUAUCCCAUUUUUCUCUAACAUUAAACAUAAGUAUUUCGUUUCACAAAUUAACCAACAGUAUCAUUUGUUAUUUAUUAUUGUUGAAAAUAUAAUACAUCAUAACGACAUUGAAAAACAGUGUGUAGCGUAG